UAAAUCAAUGAUUUUCUUACUAGACAGUUGGCGGGAAAAUGUUAAAGAGUUAAAAGGCAUGCAUUAAAUUAUUAUUUUUUAACCAUGGAUGUUCUAGAUGAAUUGGACAAUUCGGAAAAUGAAAGCGAAGAAGAAGCGGAGGCGAUGACCGCGGCCGACGUACUUCUUAAACUCGAAGAGGCAUGGCUGAAUGAGAAGUUUGCCCCAGAGCUACUUGAAUCAAAGACUGAGCUUGUGGAAUGUCUGCUCGAGCAGAUUUCAGAAAUGGAGGAAAACUUCAAACGAGCAAAAAAAGGCGACUUCAAAGUCAACAUACACAGCAUGGAGAUUGAUCGCAUUCGAUAUAUAGUCAGCAGUUAUUUGAGAUGUCGACUGAAGAAGAUAGAGAAGUUCACAGCCCAGGUGUUGGAGGAGGAAGCCAACAGGAAGGAUGACGACCCCUCUAGGCUGUCCCCGGAGGAGUUUGCCUUCGCCAGGGAGUACUCCUCCAACCUAGAGGGACACAUACAGCACCUUGCACUGCGACAUAUGCCACAGAACCUGCAGGCUCUCAACAACAAACAGACAGCACCAAGGCCAAAUCUAGACAAGUAUGUUUUCCUGCGGGUGAAUGUUGCCACAGACGGGGUACUGGUGGAGGAAGAAACAUUGGACACUGGGGAGGAGAUAGUGGACUUGGAGAAGGGAGACCAGCACAUCAUGAGAUAUAAGCCGAUGAUGUCACUCGUGAACUCUGGGGCAGUCUCAUUGAUAUGAGUUACACAAGACAGCACCAGAUUUCUACACUGCUACACUGUGUGAUAGAAUUUGUCACUUGAUAAUAACCACAAUAGAUUUAAGGUGUUUAACCCAUUUAUGCCUAGUGGACUCUCCCAUCCUUCUAAAUUGGAUUAAUUUAUUUCCAAAAUUAGGGAUGUCUAGUAUAUUUAUUUCUAUAUUUAGAAUAUUUCUUACAGAAAUUCCUUUAAGCAAACAGCGCAGACCCUGAUGAGACGCCGCAUCAUGCAGCGUCUCAUCUGGGUCUACGCUGUUUGCAAAGGCCUUUUUUCUAGACGCUAGGCAUAAAUGGGUUUAAUUUGUGCUGCUGAGGAAAUACACUCUUCCUCACCUGAAUGCAGAAUAUCACAAGAGAUUUCCAUCUGAAUUGAGAAAUAAGUUUUGAAUUCUGACCAUUUUUUACAAUUACCUGUGCAUGUAUGUAUUAAGUAACUUGUGAAUAUGUGGAGCCUUUGACAUGUAAAUUCUAAGAAUUGUGCAUUAAAGUAUUUAUUUUUGUAUAAAUUUUAAAAACAUAUUUAAUUGCUAUUUCAUGUAUCCAGGAACUGUAAAUGUUAAUAAGUUGUAAAUUCCUUUACACAGUAACUUGUCAAUGUCCUGUGAAUUCAUGUACGAGUGACUUAGGAAUUAAUGUAACUAGUGACUUGUGAAUUUAUGUUUUUAUAAUCCAAAAAUGUUGUGCAUUUAAAAUGUAAAAACAGUCCAAGAAUCAAUUGCUAUCAUUACUUUGUGUUGUUUGUCUGUGACAUAUCAAUACAUAUAAUGUGCAUUAAAUUCUAUGUACUGAUUGAAUUAAUGAGUAUCUUGUUUAGCAACUUUUAUGUGAUGUUGUGUGACAUACUGAAAUUAUUGUGUAACAUGUGUGAAAAAUUGCAGUUUAUUAAGACACACAUUUUAACAUUCAACCAAUAUUAUUAUGCUCCCCAUAUAUAUAUAUGGGGAGCAUAUAGUUGCCAGUUUGUCCUUCCGCACAUACGUACGGUCACACUUUUGUUACAGUUUCUCAUAGCACCUUCAAUACUUAAACGAUCUCUUUCAUAUUUGGCAUGUAGAUACCUUGCAUGGACCUCUACCUUUUGAUGACAUUUGAGGUCACUGGGGUCAAGGUCACCAAGGCUAAUAAUAGACUUUUGUUACAGUUUCUCAUAGCACCUUCAAUACUUUACCGAUCUCUCAUAUUGGCAUGUAGAUACCUUGCAUGGACCUCUACCUUUUGAUGACGUUUGAGGUCACUGGGGUCAAGGUCACCAGGGCUAAUAAUAGACUUAUGUUACAGUUUCUCAUAGCACCUUCAAUACUUUACCAAUCUCUUUCAUAUUUGGCAUGUAGAUACCUUGCAUGGACCUCUACCUUUUGAUGACGUUUGAGGUCAAGGUCACCAAGGCUAAUAAUAGAUUUUUCCGUCACACUUUUGUUACAGUUUUUCAUAGCACCUUCAAUACUUUAUCAAUCUCUUUCAUAUUUGGCAUGUAGGUACCUUGCAUGGAUCUCUACCUUUUGAUGAUGUUUGAGGUCACUGGGGUCAAGGUCACUAAGGCUAAUAAUAGAUUUUUGUUACAGUUUCUCAUAGCACCUUCAAUACUUUACCGAUCUCUUAAAUAUUUGGCAUGUAGAUACCUUGCAUGGACCUCUACCUUUUGAUGAUGUUUGAGGUCACUGGGGUCAAGGUCACCAAGGCUAAUAAUAGAUUUUUCCGUCACACUUUUGUUUCAGUUUCUCAUAGCACAUUCAAUACUUUACUGAUCUCUUUCAUAUUUGACAUGUAGGUACCUUGCAUGGACCUCUACCUUUUGAUGACGUUUGAGGUCACUGGGGUCAAGGUCACUAAGGCUAAUAAUAGACUUUUGUUACAGUUUCUCAUAGCACCUUCAAUACUUUACUGAUCUCUUUCAUAUUUGGCAUGUUGAUACUUUGCAUGGACCUCUACCUUUUGAUGAUGUUUGAGGUCACUGGGGUCAAGGUCACCAAGGCUAAUAAUAGAUUUUUCCGUCACACUUUUGUUAAGUUUCUCAUAGCACCUUCAAUACUUUACCGAUCUCUUUCAUAUUUGGCAUGUAGGUACCUUGCAUGGACCUCUACCGUUUGAUGACAUUUGAGGUCACUGGGGUCAAGGUCACCAAGGCUAAUAAUAGAUUUUUCCGUCACACUUUUGUAACAGUUUCUCAUAGCACCUUCAAUCCUUAACGAUCUCUUUCAUAUUUGGCAUGUAGGUACCUUGCAUGGACCUCUACCCCUUGAUGACGUUUGAGGUCACUGGGGUCAAGGUCACCAAGGCUAAUAAUAGAUUUUUCUGUCACACUUUUGUUUCAGUUUCUCAUACCACCUUCAAUACUCUUUCAUAUUUGGCAUGUAGAUACAUUGCAUGGACCUCUACCUGUCCAUUUGCAUGGGUGUUCUGCAAUGCAAACAUUUGCAAGUAAUGCCAAUUCUACAUGUGUUUACAAGGUUUUUGUAAGAUUUGUACCUAGACAUGUAGCCUCUAGAGUGUUUACAAGAUUUCUUUAUAGCCAAAUAAGGAAAACUGCCCCGCCCACUGGCAGCCAUGUUUUUCAACGGACCGGAACCACUUUUGAACUCAACAAACAUAUCAAUAAGACAAACAUUUGUACAAAGUUACAUGAAGAUUGGGCAUAAAAUGUGACUUCUUUAGUGUUUACAAGGUUUUCUCUUUUUUUUUACCUAGUGACCUAGUUUUUGAUCAAGCAUGACCCAGUUUCGAACUCAAUCGAGGUAUCGUUGGGACAAAUCUUCUGACCAAGUUUCAUGAAGAUUGGACAAGAAAUGUGGCCUCUAUGGUGUUUACAAUGUUUCUCUAUAGCCAAAUAAGGAAAACUGCCCCGCCCACUGGCGGCCAUGUUUUUCAACGGACCGGAACCACUUUUGAACUCGACCAACAUAUCAUUAAGACAAACAUUUUGACAAAGUUACAUGAAGAUUGGGCGUGAAAUGUGACUUCUACAGUGUUUACAAGGUUUUCCUUUUUUUGACCUAGUGACCUAGUUUUUGACCCAGCGUGACCCAGUUUCGAACUCGAUUGAGGUAUCAUUGAGAUAAAUCUUCUGUCCAAGUUUUGUGAAGAUCGGACAAGAAAUGUUGCCUCUAGAGUGUUUACAAGGAUUCUCUAUAGCCAACUAAGGAAAACUGCCCCGUCCACUGGCGGCCAUGUUUUUCGGCGGACCGCAACCACUUUUGAACUCGACCAACAUAUCAUUAAGACAAACAUUUUGACAAAGUUACAUGACGAUUAGCAUGAAAUGUGAAUUCUACAGUGUUUACAAGGUUUUCCUUCUCUUUUUUUACCUAGUGACCUAGUUUUUGACCCAGCAUGACUCAGUUUCGAACUCGAUCGAGGUAUCAUUGGGACAAAUCUACUUACCAAGUUUCAUGAAGAUCGGACAAGAAAUGUGGCCUCUAUAGAGUGUUUACAAACCAAAUGUUUACGACGGACGGACAGACGACGGACAAAGACCGAUCACAAAAGCUCACCUGAGCAAUUUGUUGAGCUAAAAAGCUUGUGAACAAUGCAGAGGCCACAAUUAUUGAACAAAUUCAUGAAAGUUAGUUAUCACAUUUUUCCAGUUAUAUCUCUCCCAGUGCCAUUGUGUUACAUGGGGUAAAAGAAAAUAUGUCACUAUGUCAAAUAAACGAAAAAUCUUUUGAUCACCAUAUGCGUAAUAUUCAUGCAACUUGGUCAGACCAUUAGUCCCAAUGUUAUCUCGGUCAAGUUCAAUUGUCACAUGGGUCAACAUGUGUCGUUCUGUCAAAUUUAAGCAAAUGCAUGCCAACACUAGAAGUGGCAUUUGUUUGCAUAAUCUUCAUUAACCGUGCUCAGAACAUGUUCUCAGCAAAAUUCAAAAAUUGCUGUGGUCCGAUAAAAGUCAUGGCAACGUGGGGCAAGGCAGUUUUUCUUAUAUAUAGCUGUUGGAACUCUAUAGAAGUUACAUGUUGUGACCAAGCAUAACGCAGCUUACUCAGAACAUGUUUUUCCAUAGAUAUCGGGGCUGACUUAGAAAAUGUUUCCGUCCCGCUGAAGAAGAUCUUGCGGGUAACAGUUUUCGUUAUAUGGCUAUAGUAGAACAUUACCUUAGAGCAGGAAAGUUCCUUUGGUUUCAGGUGAGCGUUUUAUGGCCUUUUGCCCUCUUGUCAGAGUGCAACAUUUUACAGAGGCAAAUUCCUCGUCUUACCUUAACGUCGCUGAACUAGGAACACAAGGAUAAAUUGAUCAUAACACAUUUUGGUUGAAAAUCUCUUCGUGACUCCGAUGCCUGUAUACAAUGUACUUUGUGAAUAAGACAUCAUCUCAAAACGUUUGGUAUUAAAAAUAUAUAAAUAUAUUUAUAUAACUUAACAUGACACUGUAUGAACAUUCAAACUCGUUCAACGACCGAACCGCAUUUACAUACAUAUGGUAUGGUAUGUAUAGAAAUUAAAACAAAACAUAAAUUAGGAAUACCAUACAUAGAUCAUAAGUCAAAUCUGUCACAUACUUGUGAUACACAUCCAGAUAACAAAGUUUAUCAUGAUCAAGGCAUGUUAUCAUACCUCAGUUGUAAAUACUGACGAAAAUUUAUAUUGCGCAAUACCGCAAAAGUCAUUCGAACCCAGCAUGAUCCGUUGGCGGUAUUUAUUGAACGAAACUAGUAGAAGUUACUUUUCAACGGAGUCCCUCAUGAAUGCUGUGUUUACGUACUCUCUUUGCAUUGUAGAACGUGCUCGUCGCGUGAUCACUGUUGUUCAUUCACUGAUCCACGCACUCUCUUCAUAUUACGGAAGAUGCUCGUCGCAUGCUUUUAAUAUUUUUUAACUGCUUGAUGUAUUUUGAUGGUGUAUUAUGGUACGCCAAGCCUUCCUGACGUUGAUGUUUGGUUAGUUUGUGUUGUUAAGUCAAGCCGGUAUUUUUAUGAGUCAUAUUGACAUUAUUUUGGUUCAAGUUUGCGUGACGUUGAGUUAUCCUGUUGAGUCAAGUUUUUUUAAGUUUAGCAAAGUUAGAACUGUUGUGUCAAAGUGAAAUAAUGCAUUGUCAAUUUUACAUCAUAUUGGUGAAUGGUGGAUUUAUUUAUGUGGUUUUAAUUUUGAAACCAAGUUGAGUCGCAUUAGUAUAAUAGCGAGUUUAUAUGACAUAUGCUGGAGUCUAAUGGCAUUGAGUUGAGUCUAUUUGACAUUAGGUUAAGUGAAGUUAGCGUUUUGUUGUUUUAAAAACCAAUAUGGUGGACUCAAGUUUUCAUGACACUGUGUUAUAUUGACGCUUGUUUUAAUCACAUUGGAAUUUUGUUAAUCCAGAAAUAAAUAAUGUUUAGACUUAAGUCGUAUUUUAAGUCAAUUCAGUGUAUUUUAAUGUUACGUUCCAGAAAUAAACCUUUCAGCAAAUAUG